UUGCAUCUUACCUGGAUGGUGUUGGUAAUGCUGCACUGUACGGCGCCGUUUAGCUCUCCCCUUCUCUAUGAUUCAGUUCAGGUGGUGAAUUUCACUUCCACAAAAUCUAAUUCUCAGUCUCUUCGCUCUGCGACAACCAUGUCGUCGGAGAGUGUUCCGCCGCUCGUCGCCGCCCAGCUCAACUAUCUCCUCACUCACUUCCCUCUCGUCGUCAAGAUUGAGAACAAGUGGUCUGGCAGCAAGUACUACCCGGGAUUUCUCGACCGGUUCACCUUAGUCAUUUCCUACUGUCUAGACGUUAUCAAAUGGGAUGUUGUAUUUGAUUCGGAGUCUCCGUUCUCUGCACCCGAUGUUAUAUUCGGACCUGAUGAUGAGAAAUUUCAGCAGUUUCUUGUAUCGCGCGAUGAAGGAGAAGGGGACUCAAAGUUUCACAUGAAGUGUUUGAGUGAUUGGAACAGCAGAGACCCGACACAGCUUAUGCUUCUCAUUCAUGAACUGAGGGAUCAAUACAUGUCCUACCAGAAGAAGCGUGUUGCUGAAGUUGAUGACGACAGGUUGAAGUUUGAAAUUAGCACAAUUGUUGCUCGCGAGGGCAUUGAGAUGCAGAUGAGUUCCGGAGUUGACAAGCCAGAGGAGGUCAAAUUUGCAGUUCCUCUAUUGGACGUGAACAUAAAUAAGAUGGUGCCUGUGUACCCCUGGAGACAUCAACAGAAGAUAUACUUGCAGAUUGUAUAUCCUGUUGAGAAAAAAUUUGUUUCCACUCCAUCAGCUCCUCGCUUGAAACUAGUGUCUACCUCAGAGUUGAAGACUCUAUUUUCCAUUGAUGAAGUCAAACUUCCUCCAUGGUUGAAUGGAAUGUGCAUGGCUGAAUAUCUUCCCCAUCUUGAAGAAUCCCUUGAGAAACAGGUUUUGGAGGCAGUCUCCUUGGUUGAUGUUAGAAGGCGCUUCAUCGAGGCAUUAGCCCUUCAGUUUGGAAGACCAGUGGAAGCUGAUUCGGUCUUAUGCAGAAAGGCAACGUUCCUUGCCGCUUCUGGAGUUUUCACGUUCUUGGUUCAUGUUUUGAUUUCAACUCAGUUUCCAAAGCAAAGGCCUUCUUUGAUGCUUCAAAGUUCACAGCAUUUCAACCACCAUGGUGUGCCGAUCAAGUCACUUCCUCUAACGGAAUUUCCUUGGAGCCCUAGAUGGGAAUUACCUCAUAUGGCCGAGCGAAUUUGCGACUAUUUGACAGACGAGGCUGUGAACUUCAAGAAGCACUGCAACGAGCCUCCACCGCAGCACUAGGGUGUCAUAGAUUGCCGCGGUUAGUGUUCGGUAUCAUCGUGUCCGUCACCAAUCGAAUCAUGUAAAUUUUUGUAAUCGCUUUGAACUCUUUUGGUUCUUGGGCAUGAGCUUGGAUGGGGAAAAUAGUCACUUGUCUUAGUAACUGAGAAAUGGAGCGAUGAUUACUCUAAUCUGGAAAUCUUUGCCGUCUCAGAUCAAGAUCUAGUAAGAGUCCAAAUGCUUCAAAAUACUAAAAUAUUUUGUCAGGAUCUGAGACGGGUAUAUUGGAAAUGAGGUAUUCGCCGAUUUCUUUCUGAA